GUCGUUAUCUAAUUCGCCAGAUUAGAAGGAAAUGAGGUGACACCGUCUUGGACUGUAAUAUGAUGUUUCAUCAGGACCACAGACCACAAGACAUGAAAUAUCAAUGACUUGUAUGGUAGAGGACCACACAAGGACACCUGGGACUGGCUCAAACAAGCUGACCUGCAGCUGCGGAGGACAUAAUUGCUUUCUUCCAGUGCAGGGCUUCAACCCCCACCACAAAGACUCGACGGAUGUGAAUGCCCUUCUGGGGCUCAUGUCCACAGAGUCUCAGCUAAGUGAUGAACUUCAGCAGGGAUGUGGCACGGCAAAACAGUUGUUAUACAUAUGUGAUAGAGGAUGAUGAUCAGGGCCUGGCGUCUCGAAAUAUAUUUGAGUUGGCUGAGAAGGGUGACCUAGCUCUCCUGGAGAACCUAGUGAAGAAGAGCCCAGAGGUCCUCAGUGAAAAAGAUGAAUGUGGAGCCAGUCCCCUUCAUCACGCUGCCGCAGGGGGCCACAUCACCCUCAUUCAAUUCAUCUCCACUGUCACAGAUGCACAAGACCUGAACAGCUGUGAUGAGCAGGGCAAUGUGCCCCUUCACUGGGCAGUGGAGAGGAACAAGGUAGAGAGCUGCAAGGCUCUUUUGGACCUGGGGGCUAACCCCAACAUCCUCAACACUGCCCUCCUGUCCCCCCUGCACUUGGCUGUCAGCCAUGGACACAGCAACCUGGUGGGGGUGCUGUUGUCCUACAGCAGUACAGACUGCAAUCUAAAGGGAGACCUUGGAAACACCCCACUGAUGCUGGCUUGUUCCCUUAAUAACUGUGAGGCUCUUAGCAUAUUGUUAAAGCAUGGAGCAAAGCUUUGCCAACAGAACAAGCUUGGCCAUUUCGCCAUGCACGCUGCUGCCUUCGCAGGUGCGAAGAAAGCCAUGGAAGUGAUUCUCAAGGCUGGAGAGGAGUUAGGCCACUCGGCUGUGUGCCACAUCAACUAUUUAGACAAGACCAAGAGCAGCCCCCUGCAUCUGGCUGUACGUGGUGGGAAUAUCGAGACCAUCCGCCUCUGCAUUGCUACUGGAGCCAAAGUUGACCAGCAACAGAACGACAAGUCUACGCCGCUUCAUUUGGCCUGCACCCAGGGUGCUCUUGAGGUCAUCAAACUGAUGCUGUCUUCUGUUGAGCGAGUUGAAGAUAUCAUCAAUCUCACUGAUGGUGCAUGUCAGACCCCUCUACACAGGGCGACAAUAUUUGAUCACACGGAGCUGGCGGAGUACCUAAUUUCUCUGGGUGCAGACAUUAACAGCACCGACUGCAAGGGAAACUCUCCUUUGCUGCUGGCUACGAGCUGUGGAGCAUGGAAAACUGUGGCUCUGCUGCUGUCAAAAGGAGCAAACGUUAACGUGAGAGACAAAUGUGGCUGUAACUUUCUUCACCUGGCCAUUCUGCAGCCAAAGGGGCUGAAAAACCUGCCGGAAGAAGUACUGCAGCUCAACAGUGUGAAGGCACUUUUAAGCUGUGAGGAUAACGAGGGCUGCACCCCACUCCACUACGCCUGCAGACUGGGAAUCCACGACUCAGUGAAGAACAUGCUGGGCCUCUCGGGGCAACUUGGCCUCGCAUGCAAGUCCAAGGACAAGAAGUCUGCCCUGCACUUUGCUGCUCAGUAUGGCCGCAUCAAUACAUGUCACCGAUUAUUAGAGUCCAUUACUGACUCUCGUCUGCUAAAUGAAGGCGAUGAGCGUGGCCUGACUCCACUCCAUUUGGCCUCAAAAGAGGGACACACAAAAGUGGUGCAACUGUUGCUGCGCAAAGGAGCUCUCUUCCACAGUGAUUACAAGGGCUGGACUUGUCUGCACCACGCUGCUUCUGAAGGAUACACACAAACCAUGGAUAUCCUACUGUCAGCCAAUCUCAAGCUGCUGGAUAAAACAGAUGAGGAUGGGAACUCGGCACUCCACAUCGCAGCGAGAGGUGGACACGUGGCUGCGGUCAGGCUGUUGCUGGCCAGGGGGGCGGAGAUCAUCUUAAACAAGAACCACACUUCAUUCCUCCACGAGGCUUUGCAAAAUGGGAGAAAAGACGUGGUCAAUGCUGUAAUUGACAGUGAAAGGUGUGCUGAAGCUGUAAGUCUGUUCAAUCCCGAAAGUAGUCAGCGAUGCCCCAUACUAGACAUGAUUGAGUUUCUGCCUGAAACUUACAAGCAUCUUUUGGACCGCUGCGUGAGGGAAUCCGAUGAUGACCACAACAGCCCUGAUUACCACAUUGAAUAUGACUUCAAAUGGCUCCAAGCUCCGAUUGAAGUGAACAAGCAGACUUUCAAUGGGAAUAAGGUUCAGCCACUGGCCGCUCUCAACGCAAUGGUGCAGUACAACCGCAUCGAGCUCCUCAACCAUCCCGUCUGCAAAAAGUAUCUGGCAAUGAAGUGGGUUGCUUAUGGGAGCAUAGCUCACGUGCUCAACAUGUUUCUCUAUCUGUUGGGCUUGCUGCCCUUAACUCACCUUAUAGUGACUCUGAGACCCUCUGUGAACACUAGUGACAUGGGCGAGCACGAUAUCAUCAUGGUUCCCAUAUCUUUCACAGAGCAACCUGUGUCCUUGUCCUUCUGCAUGGUGAUGGUCUUGGUUAUGAAUAUCUACUCGAUAGGAAAGGAAGUGGUGCAGAUAUCACAGCAGCGCUGGAAAUACAUCACGGAUUAUUCCAACCAGAGCGACUGGAUUUCAGCCAUCUUCUCCAUACUGUUCGUCGUCCCCCUCAUGAUCAAUGCAGAGGGUUCUUUACACUGGCAAGCGGGGGCCAUAGCAGUUUUAAAUUCCUGGGUUGGAUUUCUCCUUUAUCUCCAGAGGUUUGAGGGAGUUGGCAUCUAUGUUGUGAUGUUCGGGGAGAUUAUGAAGACGCUGGUCCGUAUUGUAUUGCUGUUCUUCUACCUGAUGUUGGCUUUCAGUUUGGCCUUCCAUGCCCUGAUGCUCAAUCAGAGGGAGUUUAACAGCGUGCCGCUCUCUGUGAUACAAACCUUUGUGAUGAUGGUCGGGGAACUGAACUACCAGAACAACUUCCUGGAUGAGUAUCUGAAUCAUCGACUACCUUUUGGUAUCCUGACAUACUUCAUUUUUGUGGUCUUUGUUCUGUUCAUGCCAAUCCUGCUCGUGAACCUGAUGAUUGGUUUAGCAGUUGGAGACAUUGCUGAAGUUCAAAGAAAUGCUGCGCUGAAACGGAUAGCCAUGCAGAUUGAUCUCCACACCGCUCUGGAAGAUAAGCUCCCUUAUUGGUUUAUGAAACGAGUUGACAAAAACUCCAUUACCAUCUAUCCCAAUCACAGGUGUUCCAGGCACUUUCUGAAGAAAUUUUUCUAUGGUGAAGAGGAAACCAAUGAAGUCUGGAAUCAUCUGCAAGCCAAAUCAAAGGCAUGCACUUUGAUCGAGAAUGAGCUCAAAAAGCAGAAGACCAGAAUGAAAGAGAUGUCGUGCCUGCUGGAGAAGCAGCACUGCCUCGUAAAGCUCAUCAUCCAGAAAAUGGAGAUCGCCUCUGAGGCUGACGAAUAUGACGGCCCCAUGAAUGUCAGAGGGAGCACGUGGCCCGCUUUAGGCCAGGCUAAACCAAGUAGAGAGACUACAUCUCGGUGGGUCCCACUGAUGAAGGCCAUCGAGGCCAGGCGAAAAUGAAGAUGAAACAACACAAAGUGACAACUAAACUAAGUGAAUCGUCUGAAAAGACUAUAUCUAUAUGGCAUAAAAAGAUAUUAAAUAGGUAUAAAUGUAAUCACUUAUAUUCCAAUUUAACAGCGGCGUUCACUAUUUACAUGUUGUAACAGUAGUAACAGUUAAUUUUAUUGUUGUUAAUAGACUUGUCCUAACUUAUAUGUGGUUCUAGAGACAUUAAAUACUUAAAACGAGAAUAUUAAUGGUAUUAUUGCAAAAUCCUUCAUUGUUGGAUAAAAAAGUAACAUUUCUUGUGCUGUAGGCUACUUUUAAGUUAUACCAGUGAGCUACUGAUAAAUGACUUCAUAGUGUGCAAGCAGUACUGGCAUAUUUCUAUUACGCAUGCAGUUGCUGUUUUUGUAAAGUGGCUUGAAGUCCAACUCCUGUUCUUUUACUCUAUAGAUGAGAUGGUUCAUCAAACCUAAUUUAAACCUAGUUUUUCAUUAGAUUGAUAAUAAACAUAGAAUUUGUAGCUACAAUAACAGUGUGCUUGCAUCUAUGUAUCGUCCAUCUGAAAUGUGUGCUGUUGCGCCAUCUUCUUUGGCUUGUUUUUGUCAUUAUUAUGAUGCACUUUGUGACAUCUGCUCUUGUAAAAUGGUACAGAAAUAAAC